UGUGGCGCUGUAACGUGUCACGGGUGUGUGGUGCUGAUGGUCAUGGCGACUCGGCGGGCUCUGCACUUCGUGUUUAAAGUGGGAAACCGCUUCCAGACGGCGCGUUUCUAUCGUGAUGUCCUGGGAAUGAAGAUUCUGCGGCAUGAGGAAUUUGAAGAAGGCUGCAAAGCUACCUGUAAUGGGCCUUAUGAUGGCAAAUGGAGUAAAACAAUGGUGGGAUUUGGACCUGAGGAUGAUCAUUUUGUUGCAGAACUGACUUACAAUUAUGGCAUCGGAGACUACAAGCUUGGCAAUGACUUCUUGGGUAUCACACUCGCUUCUAGCCAGGCUGUCAGCAAUGCCAGGAAGCUGGAGUGGCCACUCAGUGAAGUUGCAGAAGGUGUUUUUGAAACUGAGGCCCCAGGAGGAUAUAAGUUCUAUUUGCAGAAUCGCAGUCCACCUCAGUCAGAUCCUGUAUUAAAAGUAACUCUGGCAGUGUCUGAUCUUCAGAAGUCCUUGAACUACUGGUCUAAUCUACUGGGAAUGAAAAUUUAUGAAAAAGAUGAAGAGAAACAAAAGGCUUUGCUGGGCUAUGCUGAUAACCAGUGUAAGCUGGAGCUCCAGGCCAUCCAGGGUGCAGUUGAUCAUGCAGCAGCUUUUGGAAGAAUUGCCUUUUCUUGCCCCCAAAAAGAGUUACCGGACUUAGAAGACUUGAUGAAAAGGGAGAACCAAAAGAUCCUGACUCCCCUGGUGAGUCUGGAUACCCCAGGGAAAGCCACGGUUCAAGUGGUCAUCCUGGCUGACCCUGAUGGACAUGAAAUUUGCUUUGUGGGGGAUGAAGCAUUUCGAGAACUUUCUAAGAUGGAUCCAGAGGGAAGCAAAUUGUUGAAUGAUGCAAUGGCAGCAGAUAAAAGUGAUGAAUGGUUUGCUAAACGAAAUAAACCAAAGGCUUCAGGUUAACAGAAGACAUCAUGUGGAACAAGCAUUUAUCGUUCCUGUCUAGCACCUGUGAGGCCUGGUGUGUCCAUCAUGAUAAAUGCUCUCACAACCUGGUUGUUUCUGUACAGACAAGGAGAUUGGGCUGGUGAAGAUUUAUGUAUUUUAAUCUUCGAAAGCUCUGAUACAUUUUAGAUAUAAAAUCCUAUUAUCAGUCCGCUUAGAGGCGAACUCUUGCUAUAAUCUGCAUUGUCAUUGGAAUGGCGCAUUCUGUGUGUAACCUAAUUUAUUAGAUUAGUAAUAAAUUAUUUUCCAGCCUGGGGCAGCUAUGGGGUACGUUACCUUUGGUCGGGGAUGAAGGGGGUUUUGAUAAGCAUGUAAAUUUUAUGAGAACUAUUCAAAUGAAUCCUAACCAGUUGCGUACAGCAGGAAUACUUCCAGCACCCAAUGACAGUGUGCUGUUCUAAUGAAGUGCAGGCCUUGACAUUUAAAAAUCUUUAAAGAAAUUUUGUUCCUCCAACCAAAAGAUUUGGUUGACACCCCCACAUUCCUUGCUUUAAAAUUUUGCGUAGCCAGGGAAAACAGCCGGAAGGGUCUAAUGUAUUGUGUUGCUACAUGCCUGGCUCUCUGCUAAUUUCUUUAUAUAUAAAUUUUUUUAAUCCUUACAAGAAGAGAACCUGUUAGACUUCUUUAAAAUGGAUUAAAUGAUUUCUUCAGCCUGAAAACAGUGUUUUCCUAUGGUUUUCUAUUUGGUUCUACAGAACAAAUAUAUUUUAAUCACUGGAAUCAGAAUUAUAUUGGGCAUACUUAUUAAAUGUUUUUUGAAAGUAUACUUCUGAAAUCAAGCUGUCACACUAGCCUGCAGACUCAUUAUUUAAAGUGGUGGCCAGGUUCCAAUUUUAGGGAAGACACUGAGGGGACUGGAAAGGAUUGACUCAGAGGAUACCAGUUCCAGAAUGGCACAUAUGAAAUUACUUGUAAAUCAUAGCCUCUGCUUUCUCCCUUGCUGGCAGUGGCAGUGGGGGGGUUGGGGUAUGGAAAUUUCAGGGUGAGUUUCAGCUCACCUUCUUAUAGGGUGAUCUUACCUUCACUGAGAAAAAAAUAUCCUUUUCCAGCUCUACAGCACUUUUCAUUCGACUUAAAUUCUCUUAGGGAAGCAAUCAUGAGUUUGAAAGCAAACCAAGUUAUACGUGUUCUUUCUCUAGACGGUUCACUUUUUUCCUAUACAUGGGGAAAUUAUAUGAAUUUUGAAUGAUCAAACUUCUGUGUCUCUUUAGACUAUGACUUGUUAAUUCUCAGAUUUUCUAUUAGAUUAUUAAGUAACUCUUGAUGUUUAUCUCUAGUAAUACUGUUAUCAUGAAAAUGAACUAUCCUUUCCCCAGUGUAUUAGGCUGCUGCGCUCUGCUCUUCUAAGUGUGUUAUAAUAAAAUAAGUGGUUUAUGUAAGUACUGAA